AUGCUCAUUGUCCCGUACAGCAAGACUGGUGGUUUUGUGCCGACGAAAAAAUUCAAUUUCGAUUUGCUUAUGAAGGAAUAAGUCGACGUGGCCUUCCCAUAGAACAAAACGAUUUCUGGGAAACCGUGAGGCGUUGCAAAUAUCAUAGAGAGUCUCACGUUUCACGACAAUCCCAAGAGAACAAGGUCAAACAACAUUAAAAAUUCGAAAACAGUCACUGAUGGCAUUUUUGGUCUACUGGCUAGUACUCAAGGUUUAGUAUUGCCCACGAAACGACUGAUAGGCAACACGAAGUUAGGGAUUCUAAAGAACCAAGGCUAACUGUGGGAGUCUCGCGACGUUUCCAGACACUGUCACUAGGCUUACUCUGGCGCGCUAAAAAAGGCUCUCUUUUCCGCAUUAAUUUGUUUCUUUUUCUAGAAAAAAAAGUUGAGACAAUUUCAAAAUUUGGGACUCAAUUCGAAGUUGGCGUGACUUCGAAAAAAGCUCAAGUACAAACGCCUUAUUCGAUGAUUUGAAGUGUUUUUAGUCUUCAAAGCUCUGACCACCGUCAGGCAAGAGUUUGAGCCUCAUAUGGCACUGGCUAAAAAAACGCAGCACAACUACUGAACUUUCUGAAAAUGAGCAAAAAAGUUGUGCUUUUUAUUUGUCAUUCUAAAAUUCAUAUCACGCGCUUUCUAUGAAAAAAAACUGUAUCUGAGAAUAAAGUCUUAUCAGAAAGUUACUAAAAACUAACAAAUGGCCGAUUUUACCAACCUAAUAGAUGACGUUGAAAAAACAAUUUAUCAAAAAUUUCAAAAAAAAUUUCAAAGCAGUUCAAUUCAUGUUUUUUUAAAUAAAAGUAAUAUGUGCUAGACCGGACGUGUUUUGACGCAGAUUUAGUAACUUUUGCAAGAAAAAGGGUCUCUAUAACUAAUUUAUUCUUUUGAAAAUCGGACAGAGCUUAUAUAGAGCUUCAUCUCGCCUAUAACUUAUCCAAUCUACAAUUUCUUCGCUUGAAAAUUUUCAGAAUUAUUCAAGAAAUAAGGUUUUUUUCUCAAUAGUUAGUUAGGAGUAAGUUUCAAACUAAUCUAUCAAAUGCAGAAAAGUACUAUUCGAUGAUCAUUUCUACUAGUUUGACGACCAAAAAAAUUGGUAAUGUUUAAAAAAACUAAAAAAAUAUUUUUCUGUUUGCGAUUAUUAUUGGAAUAGAAAGAUAGUUCAAAGGCGCGGCUUAGGAGUACAAGAACUACUGACUUCCUUUCGCGUAAAUUCAAUCCAAAACAAAUUGGGUUUUCUACGCACAUCUAGCCUCCAACUAUCUCUAAAAAAAACUAGUACUCCUUUUUUUUUGAAAUAUUCUUUUAAUAAAAAAAUAGAUAAUCAGCCCUCAUUAAACAAAAAAGAAAGCAACCUUAUUUCUGAACCUUUUUGGCAUCUCCCAGCCUCAAAAAAGUCUUAAAACGUCAUUGAUCAAUUAACUGAUAUUAACCAAAAUGUUCAGCAAAAACAGCAGUUUGCAUUAUUUGAAUGCCUGAAAUCGACGUUGGCCCAAUUCCAAAAUGGCUACCUCGUUUUUUCGGCUUACUUUCUUUUAUUUUCAAUCCACUGCUUAUCUUUCUAGUUAUCACUCAAAACAAGUGCAAACUCGGUCCUUAUCGACAAAUUUUGGUUUUUUUCGCUAUAUUCGACAUGACUUAUUCAGCUGUCGAUGUUGUAGUUGGAAUGGUGAAAUUAAUAAAAUUUUUCCCGGAAGAUGUCAGAAUUCAGGCGUCACACCAGUACGAAUCAUCUUUCUCUUUGUUCGUCAGCCAUGGACCUCUAGUUGACGUAAAUUACAAACAAAAAGAUCUUAUUAUAUUUUUCUUUAGAACCCGGUUUUUGGCGAGAUCGGUGUAAUCAUACGGUGUUCAUUCAUCAGUUUGACCUACGGUAUUUUCGAAAUACACUUCAUUUAUCGCUACAUAGUUUUGUGCAGGUUUUAAUUUCUUUUUUUUUCUAACAUUUUUUUGUAAAACGUCCAAUCCAGACCAGAAUCAACUCGAUGUUUCACUCGACCCCUCUACAUUUUUGGAUUGUUCCUUUUCUGGCUUUUUUUUGGGAUUGAUUGGGUGAUCGGCUGUUCAUUGAUACGUAUCAGCGAAGAAGACCGAACAUUUCUUCGUGAAACUUUUCUUCUCACUUAUAAUGUUGAAAUUAAUGAUGUUGGUCUUAUUGGGGCUAGAUACAAAGUGAGUUUCUUUUUUGAUAAGAGCGUAAAAAGUGAAUAAAGAACGCGAUUAUAGACAACUAACCCGACAACUAUUUUGAGAACGUGUAUAGCUAUUUCGAUGGGUAACAUAUUAUCAGUUUCUGUUAUCACAUCCUACUGCGUUAUGGGUUACAAGGUGCGAGAAAGAGAUUUUAAAAGUACCAGGAACAGUUUGACAAUAGGGGAGCGGUUUCAGCUGAAAUGAGGAGUGCGGAAUUCCGUUUUUCGAUGUGGUUCUUGGUAUCAAAAUUUGGAAAAAAAGAUUUGCAAAAUCUUACUUCGCCUUUUCUAAACACCUGAGAGUCAAUUUUCAGAUAGACUGUCUGAAAAAGGCCACAAUCAGUGCAGCAGCCAAAAGAGUUCAUCGCCAGUUAUUCCUGGCUUUAAUUGCCCAAACGACGAUUCCUUUUGUGGUCAGCUUCUUGCCCUGUUUACUCAUAUGGUAUUCACCUUUGUUCGAAGUGGAUCUGGGCAGGUAACCAUUAAUCAUUAUUGAAAAUUAAUUCAGAACUUCUCAGAUUCAACAACAACUACACGAUUCCGAUGUUCAGCGCUUUCCCAUUUUGUGAUCCAAUCGCGAUAAUCGCUAUAUUCUCCGAGUACCGGACUUAUGUCUUGAAUAUCCUUGGAGUAAAGACUUUAGUGAAGAACUUGCAAUAUUCUUCCUUUCAACCAGCUUCUUCGGUACAAACAGAGCCAAAAAAACGAAUACAACAUAUCAAAAAUGCGAUCUCCAGUGUUCUCAGUUCAAGUUGACGUUUUACUCAAUGAAUGGUUAUUAACAUUAGAUUGAAAGUUGCGCAUGCUUGAAAUGAUGGAGAAAAACAUUGUACAAUAUGUUCAAAACUUUUCUCGAGUGGUUAAAAACUGCAAAAUUUCAACCUAAAAGCCAAUUGUUAUCCUUGACCCUAUACAAUAUAUUGGCUUACGCUUCUUCAAAAACCGGGAGAAACAAUGUAUAGAAAUGAUAAUUUUUUGAAUUCCUCGCUUUGGAGAGAAAUACAUCUGUAAAAUGUCCUCAAAUACAUACAUCAAUAAAAAAAUUUUUAAUUUUUUUGAGAAAUAUUUUUUGAAAAAAAGUUCAAUCGAAGUACUUUUUGCAUAAAAAGAAUCGUUGUGAGACCGGAUGUGUUUUCACCAAAAGUUAUUAAAUGGUUAUACCAAGAAGAAGAUUCUCUAUAAUUCAUUUUUUUCUAUUAGAAGUUCUGAAAAAAAGCCUUAUAAAUUUUUUUAACUGCCAAAAAAAUAAAGUUUCCAUUUUUUUCAAAUUCCUCACUCUGCGAAACUUGAAAAAUUUCAAAGCUCUGAACUAAAUUUAGCAUUUUUCUUGAGAUUGAAUUUUGAACUGCUUUGUGGAGACAUAAUGAAAAUCUUGAAAAAAAGAGUACUGAAAAAGAUACCUGCGUAAUUAAAUGAGAUACUAAAAUUUUUUUAAAAAAACUGCUUUUUUCUUAAUUUUUUUCAACCGAUGAAAGCUUUUUUUCGUAUUUCAAAAAAAUAUAAUCUUACAGUAAAAUUGUUCUCAAUUGAAAAGAUCCAACGACGAAAGACAUUUCUCAAGCAUUUUCUGCACAUUUUCGUGAAAAAGGCGCUUAAAAACAGCAAAAACUUAGGAUAUAUAUCAUGGACGUAUGCUAAAUGAUUUUUUGAUCUUUAUGAGCUUAUCAUCAAAACGUCAUAUUUGGGAAAAUUGACUUUAACAUCAUUUUCGUUGUUGGAAACAUAGUAAAAAAAUUUACACAGCGUUUUUCUGUAUCCAAAACGAACAAUUUUCUAAAUCGCGUGCCGUGAAUUCAAUUAUUCAAUUCACAGAUUUAGUUUUUGCCAAGUUUGUAGUUAUCUCUUUGUUAAUGGUGAAGUUUUACUCUAGCAAGAAAAAAAUCCUGAUCAGAGUUUCUACAACUUUAAAGCCAUUUUCGAGAUAAUCUAUCAUUUUUGCUUGACUAUCGGAUUUCCCUCUUUUAAUUGAUAUUAGUUUUCUGAUUAUGACUAUCUUUCUUCACUACACGAUAAAACUCUCACAGCCAACUUUCAUAAAGUAGUCUUACAAAAAAAAAUAAGAACAUCUUAAAAAGUUAUCCUUGGGAAAAUUCAGUGAAAUUUCCUCUUAUAGCCUUCUGAUUUUUCCUCUGUUCAUCUUAUCCAAAAAAAGUCCAGAAUUAAAAAUCCAACUAUUUUUUUCAUCUUUGAUGUUAUCAUUGAACGUCAAUUUUGAAAAAUAUUAUCGUGCAAAAAUUGAAAGCCUUCAAAAAAUUUAAAACUUUCUUUACUUCAAUUGCAGUAACAGAGAUUGAAAUGUUUCCAAUAUAAGUGUCACAAAAACUCGUGAUUUCGAUUAUUAUAUCCUUCUAGUUAUACUUUUGCAUCUUUGAUUUUAUGUUGAAGUCCGAAACUUCCUUCUUUUUCCUACGUUUUUUAUAGUAAUUCUAUUUUCGAAUGCCUGAGAUCGACGUCGGCUUCAUUCCAAAAUGGCUGCCCCGAUAUUUCUGCCUGCUUUCUUUUAAUUUCAAUGUACUACUGAUCUACCUUGUCGUCACCCAAAACAGGUGCAAAAUCGGUCCUUACCGGCAAUUUCUGAUAUGUUUUGCCUUAUUCGAUAUGACCUACUCGGCUAUCGACUCUUUUGUAGGAAUGGUAAGUGUCAAACUAUUCAUCUUGAAAAUGUCGGAUUUCAGGCUUCUCAUCAUUAUGAAUCAUCAUUUUCAGUUUUUGUCAGUCAUGGACCUCUUGUCGAUGUAAAUAGCUCAUUUUAAACUUUUUAGCCUCUCAAAAAAUUAUCGUUUCAGUACCCGUUUGCUGGAAGUAUCGGCUUAAUCGUCAGAUGUUCGUUCAUCUCUCUAAGUUACGGUAUCCUCGAAAUACACUUUAUUUAUCGCUACAUCGCUUUGUGCAGGUUAAUUUUUCUCAAAUUUUCAAUUUCUUCUUCAUAGCAGUUUUUCAAAAUGUCCUGACAGGAAAUACCGGGGCGCAGAGUUCUUUCAAUAUUUCACUUCGAGACCUCGAUGAAAAAGUUCCCAAGCUCAUUUGAAAAUCACUGUUCAGACCAAAACUAAUCCACUGGUUUACUCAUCCUUUAUACAUAACUGGCUGGCUGAUUUUCUGGCUUUCUUUCGGUGGGAUCUGGGCUUUCGCCGUAUCUCUGGCCUAUCCGGACGAGGAUGACCGAAAAUUUCUUCGUGAAACUUUUCGCGUCACUUAUAACGUAGAUGUAGAUGAUCUCGGUCUCAUAGCGGUUCGAUAUAAGGUAAACUGAAAAAAAAAACAGAAUAUCUCCAAAAUUCACUUCAUAAGUAGGGUGAUUUUUUUCAUACUGCAUCCAUGUUUUAAAAAAAUUUACUUUUAACAAAUGGGCGUAGCACUAUAUGUUAUUAAAGGUACUCAAAAUGAGAGAAACCUGGAUUCGCAUAAAACAUGUAAACUUAAAUAAAACUUCAGGGGACUGAACAAACAACUUUUCUAAGGGUGUUCAUGGCUCUCUUGAUAAGCAAUAUCAUAUCAAUAACCGUCAUAGUUUCUUAUUGCGUUUUUGGAUAUAAGGUGAGUGGGGAGAGCUUUGGAUAUAAAAAAGCUGCAAAAAGGGAUCUGAAAUAAAUUUACCGGUUUUUAGCAAUGCCAGAGUGGCCCCUAGAAAGGCUCGUGUUGGUUCCUCUCAAGGUACCAAUUAAUUUCCUCCUGUAAGGGGCACUACAGCUCGCAAAUUUGGCCACUCUUGGGGGCAUGCUAGUGGUCCGUAGCACAACAAAAUCAAGAGAUCACAAAAAAAUGUUUAAAAGUUUAAAGAUCGCUAAAUGGACCAGUCAAAGUUAAAGGGCUUACGGAUCAAAACCUAUAGGAACCAACUGAACAUCCCCCGUUCUAAUGACCACCCUAGAGAUCCUAAAUUUGGUACAAUUUUUGAGCGUUUUGAAAUUGAUUUUCUCAAUUUCGACUUAUUGCUCAUUCUUGUCGUCCGUCAAAGUUUCAAAAAAUCGGUCAAAAAAUCUUACACUUCCUAAUUUCUUAGUUAAAAAGUUCCUUUCAGAUAAAUAAAUUCCUCAAAGUGUCCACAAUCAGCUUCACUGCAAAACGAGUCCAUCGACAAUUAUUUCUAGCCUUGGUGGCUCAAACGACGAUUCCUUUUGUGGUCAGCUUCUUGCCUUGCAUGUUCCUAUGGUACACACCUUUAUUCGGUGUGAACCUGGGCAGGUAAUAUUCGAUCUAUAUGAAAAACCAAUCAAAAACUUUCAGUUUCAACAACGAUUUCACGAUUCCGAUGUUCAGCGCUUUCCCGUUUUGUGAUCCAAUCGCAAUAAUCGCUAUAUUCUCCGAAUAUCGAGCUUAUAUACUGAGCUUACUUGGAGUAAAAACAGCAAAAAAUAAAAUCGGAUAUUCGUCUUCAAAACUAACUACAUCGCUUUCGUCACAACCUAAUAAACGACUAGAGGGCAUCAAAAAGACAUUUUCCAGUAUUUUUAGUCAAAUUUGAUUCCCGGCUUUUUUUUAAAGAAUUUUUUUUCGUGCUCAAAGAAAACGUCUGUUGAUGAAUAAAACAUACCGCCUCUGUAGACCGAGACUUCGUGAUAGAAAAAAAGUCAGCGAAAAAAACAAUUUGGAAAAUAUUUGAAGGAUUUUCCACUCGGGCGACAUAAUUCUUUUUUUUUUAUUUGAAAUGAAAAAUCCAGAAAAAUCUUAAAUUGAAAAUGACAUUUCUUAAAAUUUUUGCCCUGUCUGUUCCCCGGAAAAUCUACGGUUCUCAGUACUGUCUUUAAAAAAAAGUCUUUGAAAACUGGGACGGUCAAAAAAGUUAUGUACCUGGAUGGGAGAGUCUGACCAGCACUUAUCACAUCAGUUUUUGCAUAAUAAGUGCUGGUCAGACUCUCCCAUCCAGGUACAUAACAUCUUUGACCGUCCCAGUCAGCUCAGAGGAAAUGGUUUUGAAUUAAUGAAAACGAAACCUUCACUGGUUUUCUUCAAUUUCUUAUCACAUCGCAUUACUAAUGUUUGGAAGGACAUUGAACAUGAAUUAUUGGCAGAGGAAGACAAGAAAAAAUUUAAGGACAUGUUUUAGUGUAUGCAGAAAAUGUUGGCGUCGAGCAUAUUCUUUCAAGAGUUCACAGAUUUGUGCCAUAAUCAACUUGGUUUUAAAUAUCUACUUAUUAUAGUUCUAUGUUUCUUUUCUUACACAAAAAACUUUUUUUUCUUCACAGGUGGGGUUAGUUAAUCCACCUAGUGGUCUUUUUCCCUCCCUGCAAUAUCACCAUACCAUCCCGCUGUUGCGAAAAAUAAACAAAUUGAAAAUCUCAGAAAAUAUGUCCCUCUCCUCGGUGUAAUCAAGAAAAAUAUGUCUCUCGACGAUCCCCUAAUUUGUCAUUCUGUUUUCACGUUUCUCUGACCUCGCCGAUAAGGGAACAGAAGGACGCCUUGUUUUCAUAUUUAUCAAUUAAUUCUACGUGUACUCUUGUUUUCCCUCUCUCAUCGGAAGAAAAAAAGUACGUGAACCUCAACGCAUAAUUUCAGCUGUCUGAACAAGAAGAUCGACAUGAGUUCUCCGGUUCUUGGAAAAGUCGAGGUUCAGGUUCGAAUUACUCGUUCAGUUUUCAAACUAACAAAACAUGCACGUCAAUAAAAUGCGUCCCUUUGGAAUACGUCUAGAAAUACUUCUUCUCGGAGUCCAGUAGCUUAUUCAUGCAAUUAGCAGGUCAUACGAUGGCUUCUCGUUGUGAUUAUUUCCCUAGCUUCAAUCAUUCCCAGUUGACUCAGUCCCAGUCUUCGUUGUUUAGAAAAUCACAGAGAAAAUUAAUUUAACUAACACUUUUCUUCUUUUGUUCGAUCAAUCUCGUAAAUAAAUUUUCAGAGCCAAGGUUUUUUGAUUUCUAAAUGCCUGAGAUCGACGUUGGCUUCAUUCCAAAAUGGUUCCCCCGUUUUUUCUGUCUUCUUUCGUUCAUUCUCAAUCCACUAUUGGUCUACAUUGUAAUAACUCAAAAUAAGUGCAAAAUCGGUCCUUAUCGACAAUUUCUGGUAUGUUUUGCCAUAUUCGACAUGACCUACUCAGCAGUUGAUGUAAUAGUUGGAAUGGUGAGCAAAAUGAAAAUUUAAUUGAUAGGACUAAUUUUCAGGCUACACAUCACUACGAGACAUCUUUUUCGGUGUUUGUCAGUCAUGGGCCUCUUGUGGAUGUAAAUUGACUUUCCAUGUUCAAAUUUUUAAAAUUUGAAACGCCCAAGAAUAUUCAAAUCAACAACUUUCAGAAUCAACCAAUAGCCGAUGUAGGUUUAGUCAUCCGGUGUUCGUUCAUUUGCCUGAGUUACGGUAUUCUUGACCUACAUUUCAUUUACCGUUAUAUAGCUUUAUGCAGGUUUCCGUAGUAGAAAACAAUUUUUAAUAAUGAGUGCUUAAGACCAAAACUUCUACAUUGGUUUACCCAACCCUUGUACAUAAUCGGAUGGUUUCUUUUUUGGUUAUCAUUUGGAAUUUAUUGGGCAAUUGGCAGCGCUUUGGCUUAUUUGAACGAAGAGGACCGUGAUUUUCUACGGGAAACUUUUCUUGUCAAUUAUAACGCGAAUAUCGAUGAGAUGGGUAUUCUUGGAGUAAGAUAUAAGGUUUGUUAUAAGCAAUUAAACGAGAAGUGUUUUUUUUUCGAACUAAACUUUGUGUUUUACUGCAUAGCUACAGUUCGUAGGUAUUUUGAGCUUGCAAAAUAAAAAUCUAACUGCAUCUGCUGGGCUCAAAAUUUCAUGGGAAAGUCCUGCGAAAUGCAAGUUAUAGAUUCAUUCAGGCGAGAACUAUCGUGAGGACUUGCACGGUGAUGCUGAUGGGGAACCUCAUGUCGGUGGCCGUUAUUAUUUCCUACUGCGUCAUGGGCUACAAGGUAGAAAAGUUCAUCAAACAACACGGAUAA